ACAUAUUAUUUCACAUCGUUGUUGUUGCAGCAAUCUAUCUUCUCAGUGCUCUUUGUUCUCAUAGCCAAUUAUAUAGUCUUUUCACUCGUUCUCACAUUCUAUAUAUGUGUGUAUCUCUUAUCUUAUAAAAUGACAACUACUGAGAAAAUUAACGAAUAUUUCGAUUUCAUUUAUCCUCUGGCUGUGCGAGCAGGAGAGAUCCUAAUCGAAGGAUACGAAAAUCCUAAAAAACCCAUCGAUCUAAAGGAUGGAGAAUUCUAUAAUGUCGUCACCGAUUAUGACAAUCAAAUUGAACAGUUUCUGAUGAAGCAAAUUUUAUUGAAAUAUCCAGAACAUAAAUUCAUUUGUGAAGAAGAUACUCAUAUAAAUCAUAAUAAUAUCACUAAAGAGCUAACAAAUGCUCCAACUUGGAUCAUUGAUCCAAUAGAUGGCACCUCGAAUUUUAUUAAGCAAAUACCACACGUUUGUGUGUCUAUUGGUCUGGCCAUCAAUAAGAAAAUUGUUGUCGGCAUAGUUAACAAUCCCGCACAGAAAAAGCUCUACACGGCCAAAUUGAAUCAAGGAGCCUUUUGCAAUGGCGAGGCCAUUCACGUGAGCAAUUGCCAAACUCUCAAUGAGGCCAAUGUUGCCUAUGAGGUGUGUCUACUGCAUGCUCCGAAAAUCAGGAACAAGCACAUUAAGCGAAUCUAUCAUGUGGGCUCGCAUGCCAGACGUCUCCUGGCUUAUAGCUGUGUUGUGGAUUCACUUUGUAUGGUGGCCGCUGGCAAUUUGGAUGCCUUUCAUAUUGAGGAUAUGUUCCCAUGGGAUUGUGCUGCCGGUUAUUUAUUAAUUUGUGAAGCUGGUGGUAUUGUCACUCAUCCCUAUGGUGGUUUAUUUGAUAUAAUGAAACCAGAUUUAAUUUGUGCUGGCACUGAAUCAUUGAGAAUGGAAAUCGAGCAACUUAUACGUAAAGCGGAUCAAGCUGAUAAUGUUGGUGGGGAUUGAAUUGUAAUGGUAGUUCGAUUUCUAAUUGUUUACGAAUGUGAAUUUGUAAUA